AAAGGUGAAACAGUAAAAUGAUACCAACUGCAAUGAAUUUCAUGUAAUGGGUCACUUGUAUAUUUAUCUACACAUUCUCAGCAGGACACAUUCAUGAAGGACGAAGCAGUAGAAUUCUCCACAAAACUAAUACGUGAGAAACACUCAUUGAAACUGCGCACAGAAUGGGCUCCAAUACAACUCUUCUGCACUCCAACUCCCAAAUCUUAACUACAGUGGACAUUUGCUUCUACACCAUCAUCGUUCUUCUUGGCACCACAGGAAACUCUUUGGUCAUCUGGGUGGCUAGCUUCCGUAUGAAGCCCAGUGUCAACAAUGUAUGGUUGGUCAACCUCGCUGUGGCUGACCUGAUCUUCUGCAUGACACGAAUCAUGUCACUCACCAAAAUAAUCUUCUUUGACCACUGGCCUUUUGGAGUGUUUCUCUGCAAGUUCAAUGGCUUCUUUAAGUAUGCCAACAUGUUCUGCAGUGUCUUUCUUCUGGGUGUCAUCAGUGUGGAUCGAAUGCUCUGUGUGUGGCAACCAGUUUUCACCAAGGAAAGACGGACAUUACGUGCUGCCCGUCUGGUCAGUUUUGGGGUUUGGAUUGUGGCGUUCAUCCUCAGUUCACCAUACUUUAUGUACCGACAAGUUUUUCCUGGCAAGAACAACUUGAGCCACUGCUCGCUGAAGGUGGAUGGAGCUGCAGAGGUUUUCAAUUCACCAAAGUACAUCUACUACUGCACACGCUUUAUAUUUGGAUUCCUAUUGCCCUUCCUGGUCAUUCUUUGCUGCUACAUACUGGCUGCUAUUGGGAUACGAAGAACACAGUUCUCUGGCAAAUCAAGGCCUCUUCGGAUCCUUGCCUUGUUGGUCUGUGCAUUUUUCCUGUGCUGGGCUCCCUACCAUUGCCUUGGUCUCGUCAAGUUGUUGAAUAAGGACAGCCAGGCAGUUAAAAUGGGCUAUAAUAUGGCAUCAGUAUUAGCCUAUUUCAACAGCUGUGUGAAUCCAGUGCUGUAUUUUUGCAUGGGACUGGAUAAGAGGUGUCGCUGCAACCAAAGCCUGUCAGGGAUUUGUCAAAGAGCACUAAUAGAGGCAGGCCAGUCCCAGGAAGGCACUGCGGAAGAAAGUUCUAGUUCCAUUCCAAAGAAUACAGGCACAGUUCAUAGUGCAUCUGACUAAAUGACUAAAGUUUAGUAGAGGUUUGAGUGAAUGUACUAUAAGUUGUCAUGUGUUCUUGUCAGUUACAUCAGCUUACUCUGCAUAUCAUUAUCUGAUGCUGCUAUAAUUUCCUUCAGAGUUUUCAGAAGAGAUUGUCAUGAAAUGUCUCUUAUCGACUAUCAUGUCCUGUAGUGUGCUGUUUCAAAUUAUAAAACAAUUUGAACUAUUUUUUUUUAUACAUUGGUGGGAAAAACAGUCACUGUCAGUAUUGUCCCUCCAAAAUUGCCAAUGAGGGUGAACUAGAGAGUGAGUAAAUAUUGCCUUUAUACAGUAAAUACUUUUUAAAACAAAUCUAAUUUUUCAAAUGAGCACACACUUAUUAAUAUUGAAUAAAUGACUCACAUAUAUGAGAAUGCCCUAGAUAUUAAGCUGAUGUCUUGCUUAUAUUGUCUUGUUUUGGAUGGAUGAGUUAAAUCAGUGGAUAUUCACUUCUCUAAUAAAUAAACAACAUUAAAAAGUGUAUUCCAUGUCAUUAACAGUAAAUAUUGUUUAUUGUUAGACAUGUUGCAUUGGCAUGUUAAUGCAUCUAUAAUAUAAAUAAUCUUUAAUUUAAUGUGUAAGUUUUACCAUGACUGCAUCAAAAUACGGUAUAAUACCAAGAUUUUAUUUUAUAUAUUUUGUAUAUAUUUUGAUAUAUUUUUGAUUAUAUAUAUAUUUUUUUUUUAAUAUAUAUAUUGAGUAAAGGUAGUAGCUUUAAACUAUUUUGCAAUGUAUUGUGCUUGUGAGCCUAAAGUCUAAAGAGGAAAUGAAUUGCAUUUUUAGCACAGAAUAGAAGUCACGUAUUUUGCACUUGCAUUUUUAGGUCACUGGAUAAACACACACACACACACACACCAUAUUUUUCCAUUGUUUUCUUAACAUAAUUAUGCAACAGUGAUACCACAAGUGAUAAUGACCUCACAAUGAAAAAAAUAAACUAACAGUUCCAGUCUAGCUGUGUAGGGUCCACCUAUUGGUCCAAUGGCGGCAUCCAAUUGCGUGGCUGAAGGUCUCCUGCGUGUUCUGUCUUAU